AUGGCUUUCUUUACUGCCUCUGGUAUCUUGAAGUGCUUCGGAUUGUUGGUCGCUUCCCUGAUCUCGUUGGCGAUUUACCGCCUCUACUUCAGCCCAUUAGCAAAAUUUCCGGGACCUAAGCUGGCAGCUGUAACAUCACUGUAUCAUUUCUAUUACGAUGUUAUCCUAGGUGGACAGUAUAUCUGGGAAAUCGAGAAGAUGCACCAAAAGUAUGGUCCCAUUGUAAGGAUCAGACCGGAUGUUCUUCACAUGAACGAUCCAGAGUAUAUCGACCCUAUCUAUGGCGCUCCAGGAAAGCGACGAGACAAAUACAAGAUCGCUGUCAACGGCUUCGCUACCCCAAAUGCUGCACUUGGAACAACAUACCACGAAGUCCACCGUGUACGACGUUCCGUUCUAAACCCUUUCUUUUCCAAGCAGAACGUUCGAAGGCUGGAGCCGGUCCUUCAGGGAUGUUUACGCAAGGUUCUCGGACGAUUGGAAAGGCAGGCAAAUACGAAAGAGCCGAUCGUGACCAAUUUGAUGUAUUCGGCAGUAACAUCUGACAUCAUUUCUGACUACUGCUUCGGAGAAAGCUACCAUAAUCUCGACAAGGAAGAUUUCAAUGAGCGAUUCUUCUCUGCCCUCCGUGAAUCGGUGAAAGGAUAUCAUUUCGCUUGCUGGAACCCGUGGCUCGUCCCCACUAUGAGGGCGCUCCCUCAAUCCCUCGUGGUCAUACUGAUGCCACAAGUUGAUGUUUUCCUAAGCAUGGUGAAAGAUCUCAUCAACACAAUUAACAUUAUCAAGGAAGAGACCAAAAAUGAUAAGCCAAAUGAUAAUAUAGGAACAACUAUCUUCCACGGUCUUCUUCACAAUCCCAACCUCUCAGCAGCGGAUAAAACAGACGACAGACUCAUCGAUGAGGGCAGAGUCUUGAUUGGAGCCGGCACUGAUACAAGUGCAAAUACACUCGCAGCUAUCACGUACCACCUGCUCGCCAAUCCCGAAAUUCUUCAAAAAUUGAGAACCGAACUCAUGGCUGCCAUUCCAGAUCCUUACAACAUGCCACCUUUGGCUCAGAUCGAAGCCCUGCCAUAUCUCAGCGCAGUCAUCCAAGAGGGGAUUCGACUACAUCCUGGAGCCAGUAUUCGUCAGGAGCGCGUGGCACCUGACGAGGACUUGGUGUAUGAGGAUGGGACCAAUGGGAAGAAAUGGAUAAUUGAGAAAGGAACCCCAGUAGGAAUGAGCGCUCCGCUGCUCAGCAGAAAUGAGGAGCUUUAUCCCGAAUGUUCUGUGUUCCGACCAGAAAGAUUCCUCGAGAACCCACGACUUGAUAAGUACCAGUUGGCAUUCUCUCGUGGAUCUCGAAGAUGUGUUGGUAUGUCGCUCGCGUACUCAGAGCUUUACACGAUGCUGGGUGGAAUAUUCAGCAAGUACGAUAGAUACGAUGGGACUGGAAAGCAGACUGGCCCGACUCUUGAGCUCUAUGAAACGGAUCGGAGCGAUGUGGAUAUGGUUGCUGAUUUUGUGCAGCCGUUUGUGAAGGAUGAGAGCAAGGGUGUUCGACUGAUCGUCAGAUGA